CAUUUAUUUUGCUUGCCGUUGAUUUAUAAUUGCAAAAGUGACAGCGAACCACAAGAAAUCGAUACAAUAACAGCUAAAAAAUACCGUUAAUUAAAACCCAUACACAUUUAAUAUUAAAGCAAACAACAUAAACCGACGCCAACAACAACGCCCAACGAACGCUAUACAAGGAAACUGGACACCAUUUCUUAAGCGACUUCAUAAUGUACCAUCGACCGAAAAUACUUUUACUCUGCCUGAUUCUGCUACAAAUCCGGCCUUACUGCAGUUUACCUACCAUCAAUCAACCUUUUCCAGACUCCCGCAAUUAUUUGAGUCCAAAUGAAAAACAUUCACUUUUCAAGCCACCCGAGUUGGAGGAGACCAUUGAAGAGGUGCAGCGAAUCUUGGCGCAGGAUCCAUCUUUGCCGCGCUUGACGAGAGGCGAAAUCGAGGAGCUUUACGAGAAGGUGACGCGUGAGGAGUAUCAGAAGAGCGUUGCAGCUGGGGACAUGGGACGCGCGGACAGCAUGCGUGCACUCAUGUUGGUAUUGCCAUAUAACACAGACAAUAACACCGAGGAAAAUAUACAGGAACUUUAUACGCGUCCGCCAGUUACGAAAGUAAUCGACGCUUAUACACCACAUCAACCUAUCAAAUUCCUCACACCCGACCCCAGCGCGCCGCUGAAAACCGAAACUGCGCCAGCCGGCGACUUCGCAGCUACAACUUACAAGCCUGCCUAUUCUUUGAAGACACAGAAAGUAUUUGCACCCAACCCGACCACAUAUCAUCCACCACCACCAGCGCCGGUCGUGUUUAAGAUGACAUCGUCGGUACAGCAAGAGCCAAGCGACGGUUUUCAACCAGUUACAAAUAGCAUAAACGAUGGCGAUUAUCGAACGAACGUGGAACGUAAUCCAACACCAAAGCCGGUGCAGCGUUAUAGCAGCCAUUAUAAUGCCAAAACUGCAGAGUUUCUCAAGCAACGCAAGCCAGCAAAGCACGAGACGUCCACGGUGCGUCCGGUUGCGGAUGUUUUGGAGAGCUUGGGCAUUGUUGGGCAAACACAGUCACGCAACCGCUUCCCCAUCGAUGAUUACUAUGCGGCGGAGAGUGCGCCACAACCGGUGAUAUCAACUUAUGUGCCGCAGACCGUAAGCCUUACGGAUCUCAAGGAAUUGCAAGCCUACAAUCUCUCGCCAAAAAUCAGACCUGAUGCUUAUUCGAGCUUCAAACCGUUAAAUAUUGGUGAGGAGAUACGUGUCAAACCCGAAGUCGAGGGUUAUCUUACACGUUUCGGUAUUGUUGGCGGUCGUAAAAAGAAGGACUUGAAGAAGGGAAAUAACCUGAAGAGUCAUAACGCUGAGUUAACCGCUGGUGAAAGCGAAAUAUCCACAGCCAAGGUGCCCAGACGUGGUACAGCUGCCGCGGCAAGCACUGAACUCGAAAAGCUUUUAGAAAACUUACAAGAACUGGAGCGCUUAAACGUCAAUCCCAAAGCGCUAGGCCCCACCACAACUAUACGUCCAACAACCAGUAGCACUACAACUACAACAACAACACCGGCGCCCACCACACCCAAUUUAAUAACGAACGGCGCACCCAUGCUGAUAGAACCGAAGAAGCCACGUAGACGCAUUGACCCAAAUAUCGACAUCAAUUUCGGUAAUACGGGCAACCAUCAGACAGAAGCGCCAAACACAGAUCAACUUAGCAAGUUGCUGGAAAAUCUACAGGAAUUGGAAAAGCUGCGCAUCAAACCAGAUAAUGCGCUGAAAACUAUCGCGCCAGCGUCUAAUGCCGCGCGCACAGGACCGCUGCAGUACGCGACGCCCACGCCACGCACAGCGAAUUUGUUGAACCGUUUCAAUGAGCUCGCGCCACAGACCACGCCCGCCCCGCGCAGUUCGGCGCAAGCAGAUGCCGCACAGUUGCAAGAUGUACUACGGCAAUUGCAAGAAUUUGAACUACUGAAUGCGCGCACCACCACAAAGAAACCAAAAGCGCAGCCGGCGCGUGCUGGUGGCGGUUUACUUGCCGGACUGGGUGGUCUGCGCGGCGCUUUGGCACCAACAGAUGUUUUCAAUCUACAGAAACUGCUGACGGAUGAUCGAGAGCUGGAGCGUUUGUAUGAGCAAGCGCGCGCUGGACAGACUGGCCGAAAGGUGACAACAACCACAACAGCGAAGCCUACAACCACAACUACACAGCGCGCUUUGAUAUUAGGUGAUUUAGAUGAUUCGGAGCUGCAGCGUCUGUUUGAGCAAGCGCGUGCACGCACAAGUACCAUAGCAGCGCCUACCACCACUACGACCACUACAAGCACAUCGCGUACGCCGGCGCCUAGUUAUCGCGAAUUUGAGCAAUUGCAGAAAUACUUUGCGGAGUUGGAGAGAACGCGCACCAGCACAACCACAACUACAACGACAACAACGAGCACUACAACACCUGCGCCCACAACGACAACAACACCCUCAACAACAACAACGACGACAACUUUGCCACCUACCACAACCACAACCACCACGACCGCGGCACCGUUACCAGCUGUUAGCUCGUUAGACUUAGCACAACGCAUUACCGACAGUCUUGGCGCGCAAAAGCCCAAAAAAGCGGAGUCUGACAACGCUCAGCUGCAGGAACUCAUCAAUCGCGUACAGCAGCUGGAACGUUUAAACGCCAAAAACGAGAAGAGCAUACGUGCCACAACAACAGAUACACCGAUACCGUUUGUUGGCUUCACCACGCGUAAAGUUAACGCGCCAAGCUCCGGCAGGUCUAACGAUCAACGCACGCCCUCGAAUGAUUUCGCGCAUUUGCAGGAGCUCUAUCAGCAUGUUGCAAGCGCAGAGCAAGACGCAUUUGGACGCAUUGAAAUCUCUACAGCAGCCACAGCGGCAAAGCCUUCCGCCAAGCGCACGCAGAAAUUCGCGCAGAAAAUCAUCGACAUCACAAACGACACCGGCUCAGGCAGCAGUCUCCAAGAGGUGGAGCCUAACGAGUUCGUGCAAUUGCAGAAGUUGUUGAGUAAAGUCAAGGAGUUGGAGCGCGUGAAGAUACACGGCGUACAUGGCAUUGUGCAACCAGCCACGCCCGCACCGACUGUCGGCAGCUACACGCGCGACUUCACUGACUUAACAAAUCUAGUUACGUCCGCGUCGGUGCACACGCCCACGGUACACAACUCGAUUGGCGCGCAUAUAGUCUACCCCGAGAAAACGCAUGAGUACAAACCAUUUGAAGACAUACUUAAGGAAGACUAUAGGGAACCGAUUGGAAUGAAAACUCAUGAGGGCAAGAAAGACAGCGCUGUGCUGGAACCGACAUCUAGCGAAGAAUUGCGUGAGUUGGCAAUGUCAGUGCCUGCGAACCCCAAAGGUUCCUCGUUUGAUAAGGAUUUCGAACAAUACCAAGAGUUCUUCAAAAAGCUGGAGGAUGAUGAACGCACUUCGUACAAGAAUAUGCAGCCGCCUGUGAUCUACAAGACCGUGACUAAGGAGCCGCCACGUUUCGUUGUCGCGCAUAAGCCGCAAGAGGCGCAAAAGCCCAAGAACGGUAAUGUGCAACAAAAGGCAGAUCUCGAAGAACUACAGAAGUUGUUGAGUAACGCGCAGGAGCUUGAGAAGUUAGGCGUCACUCUACCGACAGAGUUAUCAGAUCAAAUAGAGACCAAACUGACUAAACAUGCCAGCAAUGAAAGAGCGGAGAAGCAACUUGAGACGGUGACAACACAACCGGUGCAUAUAGUCACAGCCGAACGUCCUAAACCCAGCUUGGCGCUGCACGACUUGAUAAACCACGUAAGCAAAGCACCCAGUGUCGAGCAUAAGGACACAAACGCUGGCUACGCUGUUGUAACUCCCGAAUCUACAAGCGCUGAGAAUGACAUACAAGACUCCAGCGAAAAGGAAGCUUUCUUUUCGUUAACCACACCUAAAUCACUUGUACCGAAAGAACCGAAAUCUACCACACCUAGUACUUUAGAUCUGCCGGUUUUCAGUGCAACUAAGAUCAUUGAGGCCGCUAUUAAGCGUGCAGCUAACAAAAUAGGCGUCUCCACCGAACAAACGCUCGGUUUCCAGAAACGCAGCGACACGGAUAUUUACGCUGAUAUGGAUCCGGGUAGUAUGGACGAUUUAAUGGGGGAGUUUAGUGAGAUGAACUAUCAGCUGGCUUCACCGGAUGCCGCAGUCAGCGACGCCAUUCCAAGCAAACAGGAAACCGUUGCCAUGGAGCAAACUACCACAGCUGCUGACGACGCCGACAUAACACAAGAUUUGCAUGAACUGCAGCGCUUGAUUGGUAAUUUACAGGAGCUGCAGCGACUUAAUCUCACUGUUUCAUCCGAGUUGCUGCGCCAAGCCGAUGCGAAGUAUCUGGAAACGUUGAAGAAACAGCAAACGCCCGCCGAUGACACCACGAAGAAUAGACGUCAAAGUGUGACACCCGCAGUAAGUGGGGCAACGGUCGAAGCCGCCACGAGCACAACUCCCAGCGCAAGUACGAGCAGCUCAGAGCAGAGUGCAUCCGUUGACGAUGCAGACAUAGCGUCAGAGCCAGUAGACAUUGCGUCAGCCGCGAAUACUAAUAGUGCCACAGCUGAUAAGGUGACUAGUGAUAGCAGCAGCACAACGACUACGGAGGAGCCACGCAACGGUUCGCUCGCCGAUCUAGAAGAGUCGUUCGGUGGCUCUGAUACGAAUAAAGAGGAACCAAAGCCGCCGAAGCGUAAAAACGGUUUCUAUUUUCUAGCCGAUUGGAACUCUUUCCUGGAAGUGGGCGACGGCGAUGAUCAGGUGAUAGUACGUCUGAGUCCAAAAAUCGGCGACCCACGCUUGUUCAUACCAGUCAAAAUACCAUAAUUGUUGCUGCACCUGGAGCUGUAGAGACUAAGUGCAAAAGCAGAAACUAUAACUUUUGUAAAUAUUUAUUAUAAAUAAUUAUAUGCGUAGGAUAUUGUCAGGAGGUUAGCUUGAUGUGGAUGGUGUUGAGUGCUAGUAAGGGAAAUUCAAUUUAUAAGUACAAGGGGCUUAAAGAACCGAAGAGACAUCUGAAUCGUUCAUUGAGCUUUUUGAAAAGCUUUUAUAAAUCAGAACUAAAUUCGGAGCAUUGGUUUCGAUCGAGUGUUAAUAAGGAAGUAAAUUUUUAAGUACAAGGGUUUUUAGGAACCGAAGAUACAUCUGAGAAGUUCAUUAAACUUUUUGAGAAGCUUUUAUAAAUCAGAAGUAAAUUAGGAGCUUCAUCUGUCGAGGUCGAACGCAGUAGUGACAAUUCUCUAACCUUCUUGACAUAAACUAGAACCUCGACCACUAUCCGGCAUGUAACUUGUUGAGGAAGUAGCUUCGUUUUAUUGCUUUCGAUGUUCUGAGAAAGAAUUGAUUUUUAAGCGGUUGUCCACUAUUGGGAGAGUUUUAUUAAUAUUUUGUCAGAAAUUUUGGAGUCAAAAAUAUGCUUCCGAAAGUUAGAGCAAUAUUCGAAAAAGUAACAGAACCGGCGAUAUUAAAUUAUUUGAUUAAAGGAUUACCUCGUUGGACAGUUAGAAGUAAGGAAGCUUCCAAAAUUUAUACACUUAUUUAUGUCUUGUACCCACAGGAGAUCAGUAUGAAAAGAAAGAUUUUUCGAAGUUACGAAGAACAGUGACUGUAGCGAAGAGCUCCGAAGAACUGUAGGGGAUCUCUGAGCUCUGCAUGCUAACGACUUCAGUGCUCAGUUCUGAACUGUUUUGUUCUCUAAAUUGUAGUGUCUGCAAUAUAAAAUAUAUCUCGUGUGUAACAUGAUUUUUCAGCGUUCUGGGAUCGUGUUUUCAUGUUUCUCUGCGGAAGCUUUCCUCAAACUAGUUUCAAAUAACGUGAGCGAGAACUCUAACUUCUAUCUAACAAGUUCUCCAGUUUUAGGCCACACUACGACGACCACAUUUUGUAUAAUUUAUUAUUAAAUUUGGUAAAAAGAAGUAACAAGAUAAAAGCUGUAUGAUCUUAGAUUUAUACUGCAU